UCAAAUGUGUUUUUGAAAGGGGAUGGAUUCCAUAUUUCUACAAUCGAGUUUACUCUUCAUCGGAUUAUUUUCCGUUUGUAAUGCAAGCAAAGAUGCAACAAAGUACCCACUUGAGUUCAUAACUCAGGCCCACGCCAGUGUUCAAGGGAUGACAUAUGGGUUCCAGUUACUGGAAGAUAUUCGUCAGAUUCGUAUGGUGUGUGAGCAGAGGCGUGAUGAGCUUGAGCAACACUUUACCUCAGAGUUACAAAACUGGAUGAAGUAUUCCCAACAGACUCAACAGAUAAUGAGCAGAUCUUACCCUGGAGAUAGAUAUGUAGAAGAAAAUCAACAAGUGAUAGAAAAAACAAUUGCGAACACAUACAGUGAAAUUUACUCCAGUAGAUCUCGGAGACUGAGUGUCAUACAAAGCCAAUGUGACGAUUCACUAGAGGAAUUGUUAACUCAGCGUAAGCUGUCAAUGUUAACUUUAAUAACUGACCUUUUGAGCCACAACAUACAGGAACUAAACAAACUAGUGGAUGAAUUAGCUACGUAUGAGAAACAAUUGCAGGAUGGUCUUGUAAGCUGUGUGGCCACACAAGCCAUGCGAUAUGAGUCUAGACUCAGUUCGAAAGUCCUAUCACCAGAGGAUUUUUGUUCGGGUCCUGACAUCAAAAUUCUGGCAGCAUUUCUGAAACGUAUGAUGGAUAUAAUAACUCAAGAACAAUCACAGUUUUUUGGGGAUGAUGAAGACCUUAGAAUAGAAACUCCAUGUGGCACCUCAGGCUGUAAAGAACAUACGGAUUCACCAUCCGAGUCUAGUUCAACACUUACAGUGGAUACACAGCCCCCUCAACAGCCCUAUCAUUUGCCAUCUCCUUCUUUUGAGGAGCCGUUCACUCCAUCCAAUCCAAUGACAGAAGCCUCCAAUAUUAAACCACAGGGUAGUACAUACAACGCUUCACCCAAACAAGAUUAUACACCUGAUGACAGAACUCAAGAAAUGACAACAAGUACCCCAACAACACAACCAGAAGCAAGUCUGUAUUCAACUGAACCAAGUAUUACAAGUGAAACUACGGCUUCUGAUGACAGAAAGGACCUAACAACCACACAAAGUACCCCAACAACACAACCAGAAGCAAGUCUGUAUUCAACUGAACCAGUGACUACCAUUGAAACGGCAUCUGAUGAAAUCAUUACACAAAGCACUCCACCGACACAACCGGAAGCAAAUCUAACUUCAACUGAGGCAGUGACUAGAGCUAGUGAAAAUCCACCUGGACCUUUGGUUACUGAGCAAAAUAAAGGAGAAUAUGGGGUGGCAUCAGUGCAGACACAAACUGAUACUUCAACAUCUUUUGAGAACAAAGUUACUCCUGAAGUUCCUGGUAUAGGUUUUAGAUAUCAUGUUAUCUUGCAUAAUGUGUAGCCUGGCUAAGCAGCUACAUACCUGAUAGCCUUAGCUUGCCUUUCAAACCCCUGUACUUCCAUUGCGGGUGUUCUGAAUGGAGGUUCCAAGGGAUAAAUCAUAGGGUCGUAGGGAAAUACUAGAGGAAUUGUUAGCGAGUGAGGCGAGCAGUUUGUUUUCAGUACUUUCUCGCGUAUUUUAAAAAUCACGUAUAACAUUAUGGUAUGUAGCAUAUAGAAAAAUUAUGCAUUAAUUACAUGACUUGGAGGGCUCCAAUGAAGGUAUAAUAUACAUGUAUAGCCAGGAAGAGUUUGGCCAGGAUAGAGAAAGGGUUUUAAAGAUGGAGGAUUUUGAGAGACCACUGUAUUAUUUGAUUUCACUGCUUUACAUCCUUAGGUUGGUUGGAUGAUGCAGUGAAUAAAAUACUCAAUCCAUGUAAACAGAACCAGAGUCUUGCUAAGGGCAAUGUUAAGCACAAAAAGUUACAUCAGGGCAGCUUUGAAAAGGGGUCAGAGGAUAAAGAUUUAACUGGAAACAGCCACAGCAGACAUGCUGAUGAUGAAUUGAGCACAGAAGCCACUGGAUCUGGCAACAGACUGCACCAGUCUCUGAUUUAUAGUUUUGCCACAGUAGGUUUCGCUUUGGUAGUGGCAGCACUAGUAAUCCUGGCAGCUGCAGUGAUGUUGCAGCACAAGAGACGGCAGCUAGCGGCCUCAAAGCUACAGACUCAGGACCAGAAGAUUGCGAUCAUGAAAGAAACAGGCUAUGUUAAUCCAACAUACAAGUUGGAAAACGAUGAAUAAGAUGUAGCAUAUCUCACCAUGUAAAAUCUAAACGCAUACAUACAUGUGAUUUGAAUAUCCCCGUUGUAAUUUUUAUAUAACAUGUAUUUUUGGUGUUAAAAGAAAAGCUAGAACGUUGAAAGGCCAAUAACAAAUAGGCUCGCCACCACAGAUGGAAUUGCGUUAGCGGUCCACAAAUUAGUAUAUUAUUCUGAGAAUAAUAGGGUGAUAAAAACGUGUCGGAAAAUAGGCCAAAUGUGAUGAGAAGG